AUGACACACGACAAGUCCGAGGAGGAAAUGCUCGUCUUAUCAAGCGUCGACAGAUCGCCAUUCCUCGCCUGCCAGCUAAUGUGUUCCGCGAAUUCAAGUAACGAAAACCUAACUUUUGUUCAAAAUACACCGAGUUCUGAACAACUCCUCGCACUCCCCACGGGAUACGUUGCCUUCCCGGAUAUCGGUGUGGCCUACAAGUCGUACAAAGCUGACAGGGUGACCUGGAACGAGGCUCGCAAGCUUUGUAUGUUGGACGAUGCUACCUUGGCAGUCAUCCACUCGUCCAGGAUGCACGAUCACGUGAUGUCUGUGAAGUCUUGGAGUAACUCUCCGCACCUUGGUCACCAUAGAUUGUUCGACAGAGGCGAAUGGACGAAUGUCAAGAACGGUCGUCCGAUGUCGUUAUUGCCAUGGGCCCCCGCAGAACCAAAUCAGGGUCCGACUUUUAACUGUGGGUCAAUGUGGCACGACGGAAGAGGACUUGUCUCGAUACCAUGCGACGAGAAACGGUCAUUCAUUUGCGAAAUUCCGAUAACCAAAGAUGGGCGCCAGAUAUCGCCGAAUCCCUAUUUAAGAAUAAAUCCACUCUCUUAA